UCAGCUGUAGAACAAAACACGAUCGCCACGGCAGACGGGCAGACGACAACAUAAUGCGCCAGCACAACAAAAACAUUCCAGGCUUUGCCGCCGACAAGCCGCAAUCUUUUCGUCUUGCUUCAUGGAAAGAGAUUGACUGAAAGUACUGAAUCAUGCCUUUUGCUCGUCUUGGGGUUUUUCUCCAAGUUCUUCUUCUCCAAUCAUAUCUGCCGACUGGAGUUUUUUGCGAAACGGGUAGUCAAGUCCCAAUCGUACUCUGGCAUGGAAUGGGAGACAGCUGCUGCAAUCCUCUAAGUCUUGGCACUAUCACAUCCUUACUCGAGGCACACAUUGAUAAUGUGUAUGUAAAAUCACUUCGGAUUGGUGAAUCUUUCGUUGAGGACACAGUAAAUGGGUUCUUCCUGGACGUUAACACUCAAGUUGAAGAAGCAUGCAGGUUGAUAGCAGAUGAUGACAAAUUGAAAAAUGGAUAUCAUGCCAUAGGGUUUUCUCAAGGAUCUCAAUUUUUGCGAGCUGUUGCUCAGCGAUGCCCAUCUCCCAAAAUGCGUGUCCUUGUCUCCCUAGGAGGUCAACAUCAAGGUGUGUACGGGCUGCCUCACUGUUUCUACCCAGAACACUCUUGGUGUGAUUAUGUGCGGAGAAUACUCACUCAAGGAGCGUACUUGAAAUGGGUGCAGAAGGGUUUGGUUCAAGCACAGUACUGGCAUGAUCCUAGAUUUUUGGAUCAGUAUCGGGAACAUAGUUUGUUCUUGGCAGACAUAAACAAUGAGCGCCUCCCACGGAACACCAGUUACGCUACUAAUCUUGCUCAGCUGGAGAAACUUGUACUGGUGCGCUUCAACAACGAUUCAAUGGUUCUACCUGUAGCCUCUGAGUGGUUUGAAUUUUAUGCUCCUGGUCAAGCAGUAGAGAUUCAACCAUUAGAGGAGAGUGCUAUUUAUAAAGAGGAUUGGAUUGGCCUCAAGCGUCUGGAUACAAGUGGACGCUUGCAUCGCCUGGCAAUAGAUGGAGACCAUCUGAAGUUUACUGAAGAGUGGUUCCUCUCAACCAUUGUUGACAAAUAUUUGAAAACUUAGGCAUGAGGCUGUGAAAUAAUUGCGUCAUUUUGUGAUUUGUGAGAAUAUGCUCUUCCUAUAUAUUUUUCAAGUAGUAUUGAAGCAGGUGGCAGCAAUUUUACUUCGAACUGAAAGUACAGAUUAAGAAUAACUACAAUGGCUCUCUCACGAUACUUUACAUUUUAAGCCCUGGCCCUGUCUGGCCUGGCCUGGCAUGGGUGGGGAGAAGGGUGCACUUCAGACUUUGUGGGUCCUUUGUUAUCUGUAAACUGUGAUGUGUGUCUUUUUACAUGAUAAAGCUAAUAUUAGGUGUCAGACAAUGUGAAUCUUUUCAGACAACUAAAUGAUAAUUAAGACAGUCUUUUUUACAAGAUUUUUUUUUCUUUCAAAUAGUUAAUGUUAGUUACAAUGUUCAACUACUAAAUAUUUCUUUAAAAUGGUAGUUUUAAAAUAUGCGAUAUUGUGCAACUGAUUUAGUUUAAGUUGAGCUCUUUCAAAAAAAAGAAAUUAGGUCUUUAUUUGUAAAUGGCAUGAGUCACAAUGUUUUAUUAUUAAAUGGAACAAACUGCAACCAAGCUGCAAUGAACUAUGUACUAAUUCGAAUGCCCAUGGUUGGUAGACUGACCAGCCGGGAAGGUAGGGAACCCAUUCGACUUUUCAGUUGAAAAGAUGGCCUAGGUAUCCUUGUCAAUGUCUAUUUUUGAUGAAACUGAAUGGUCAACCUGCCUCAUGUUCCACCUUUAUAAAUUUUACAAGUCUAUACCUUGAUGUUUUCAGAAACAGCAAUGCAAUAGGAAUGUCUUAUAUGCAGUAAGUUGGAUUUAGACUGAUGGUUUUGCUUGACUUUUCAUAGACAGAAAUGAUUAUGUGGUUUCAUUCCAUUUGUGUCAAACACUAUUGCUGAUUCAACGAAAUAUGUUGACUGCUGUUGUCUGAGAAGUAUCUGUACAGUUACAAUCUGUCAAAUAAAUAGAGAAUUUUUAAAAAUGUC